AUGGAUUUGAAGGUAACUGCAUUGGUUGCUCAAAGGACUUGGGAUUUGAUUCCGCGCCAGACUAAUACUACUAUUGUGAUGUGGAAAUGGGUGUUUACCAUCAAGUAUCACCCGGAUGGCUCCAUUGCUCAUCACAAAGCUCGUCUGGUUGCUUGAGGUUUCACGCAAGCAUAUGAGAUCGACUACACUAAGACGUUCUCUCUUGUCAUCUGCCUCAACUCCAUUCGUGUGUUCCUCUCUCUCAUCAUCAAUCAAACAUAAUUUCUCCAUCAAUUAGAUGUUUCUAAUACCUUUCUCUACGGUGAUCUCACAUAGUUAGUCUUUAUGGAGCAACCUCUUAGGUAUGUUGCUUAGGGAGAGUCAUCAAAGGUGUCUCUUGUGAUGUGUCAUUUAUGGGCUCAAGUAAAGUCUAUGUGCUUAGUUCACAAAGUUUAAUAGUUUAUUCAUCACCUUCGGCUUCACCUCUUGUACUACAUACCUCAUCAUACUCACGACGAAGACAAAUAAUAGUCUUAUCAUCCUUACAGUUUAUGUCAAGGAUAUUCUUGUGACUAGAAGUGAUGAGGUCGACAUCUCUACUACUAAAGUUUACUUGUAGCAGCACCUCAACAUUCGUGACUUAGAGACUCCAUGGUAUUUUCUUGAGAUUAAGUUUAUGUAUCAGGAUAGGAAACUUAUCCUCACUCAGCAAAAAUAUGCUCUCGACAUGCUUCAGGAGAUAGACCUCCUUGAGUGCAAGUCAGAAACUUCGCCCAUGAAAGCUCGCCUGUAGUUUUGGGACACUCCAUCUCCCUUACUCAAAAAUGUUAAUCAAUAUCGGCGAUUGUUGGGCAAGUUGAUAUAUCUCACCAUCACUUGUCCUAACAUCGUGUAUACGAUUAGUGUCUUGGGCCAGUUCAUACAGGAGUCUCGAUGAGUUCAUUGGGAGAGAGCUCUACGAGUCUUCACUUACAUCAAGUGAUCCCUAGGAAAAGGGUUCAUCUAACGGCGACACAACUAUCUCCGCAUUGUAGCCUACUUUGACAUCGGGUAUGUAUGUGACAAGGGCGACCAAAAGUCUACUAUGAGUUAUUGCACAUACAUCGGCGGUAUUCUAUUUCAAUGUGAAAUCUGAGUAUUGAGUCAUGGUUGAGACAGCGUGGGAAAUGAUAUGACUUCGAUCACUUCUCGAUAAUUUCAACAUUGUAUUAAGCCGCCAUCUUCAUUGUUGACAAUGUCACCUUUCAUGAGCGUACGAAGCACAUUGAGAUCAACUGUCACUACAUUCGAGAUAAAGUUAUGUCUAGACUUAUCUCUACUCUUGAUGUGGCAUCAUCUCAUCAGCUUGCGGACGUCUUCACGAAGAGUCUAGUCAACGUCUCUUACGAUGCCAUGUGUACCAAGUUGGAUAUGUUCGACUUAUAUGCUCCAACUUGAGGGGGAGUGUUCGAUAGUGAUAUUUGACUCUCAACCCACUAGGGCCCAUUAUCUAUCUAUCUCUCUCUCUCAUCUCUCCUCUCUCAUAUAUAAAAGACAUAUUCUAUCUUGACGCUGCAUGGAUUCUAAGUUUUUCCCCUCUCAUGUUGACAACUAUCAAUAGAGAAAAUAGUUUAGAAAUGAAAACAGUUGAAGGUCACUAAAAUAUUGAUGGAGUAAUUGUAAUAUAUUCAAAUUAAAUGAUCAUUUUCUAAUGCUAGUUUGAGAUGAAUCCAUUAGAGUAUAAAUAAAAGGAGCUGAGAAGAAAUAAAGCUAACACAAUGAAAAAAUAUUCAUCCACAUCACUCACAUUAGUAAGAGAAAUAAUCUUAUUCAAUCCUUUAUAAUAAAGCAAUCAUGUGCUUCAAAGAAAGAAUCAAAGUGUCAUUAUUCUCAAUCAUCUAUGGCAACGAAUGAAUCAAUCUACUACAUUAAAAGAUUUCUUUCUCCAUCAUGUCUUAAGGUAACUUGAGUGGUGAGUAGAGAAAGGGUAAUAUUGAGGCAUGAGGUGUUGAAAGUUGAAAUCUACUUAUGGAGGGUGCAUCAUUAAUGAAGAUUGUUGCUAAUGAAGCAACAAAGGUAAGUCUCAAGUCUUUUAUUAACCACCUUUGAUUAGUAGUCAGUAUGUGAUAUACACAUGUGAUAGGGUAGAACCGUACAACUUGAAUAAUUCUUACAAAAAAAAUAUUCAUACAUAUACAAUCUUGAUUGAUGAAAAUUAAAGUUGAAACACCAUACAACUGCACAAUGUCACAAAUGAAGAUAUAGAUCUCUUUUAUUGUAAAUGGAUGUUUGAGUAA